GCGUGAAGUGGGAGAAGUGAACUCAGGGGGCCCGGCGGCCGCUGAGGAGGGGAGCGUGCGGGAGGAGGGGCGAGGAGCGCGGAGGCGGGCGCGGCUGGCAGCUUAGAGGGCCCGGGCGGAGGCCUGAGAGCACGGCCGGAGGGGCGGAGGAGGGGGAGGCUCGCCCGCGGCGUUCCCGGCCGGCUCUGAGCAGGCGCCGUGGCAGCGCCCGCGCCCCCUGCCCGCCCUCCGCCGUCGCCAGGACGCAAGCUCGCGUCAGGGCCGGCGGUAGGGCCCGCAGCCGUCGGCCUGGCGUCUUCACCCCGCGCAGUCGGCCUGGCGUCUUCACCCCGCGCAGUCGGCCUCGCCGAGCCUUCUCGCGCCUGACUGGCCGGGCCCUGCCCCUGGCGGAGAAUCUUGAGACUGUUUUACUUAAUUGGUCAUCGAUAGCUUAACAAACAUGGAGAUAAGAUUAGAAAUCUUGACAUCAACAGGUAUUAAGCAGAAAAAACCAUGGCCACGUGUCUCCUGGUUGGGAAAGGAAAAAGAAGCCGUUUUUCUUUUGGAUGAUAAAUUCAUAAAUGAAAUUAAUUUGCUAUCAGGAAAGAUAAAGAAGAAAAUUCCUAGUCUGCAGCCUUUCUUGAAGGAUGUUAUUGUCCUAACAACGUCCAGUAAUGAUGCCUGGCUGGCUGGGGUACUAACUACAGGAGAGCUUUUCCUUUGGAACAAAGAUCAAGAUUGUUUGAAAACUAUACCAACAACUGAAAAGCCUAAGGAAAUGAUCAAAGCUACAGUCGCAAGCUCUUUGAGACCGUACUUGUAUGUAUCUGGAAAUGGGAAAAGAAUUGUGCUCAUAACACCUUCUGGAUGCAUAUUUCUUUGGGAAUAUUUGGAAUUAAAGAAUAUCUUAUCUUCUAAAAGCCUUUCAUUGGCGGGUCGGUGGUCCCAGGUCAUACCUGAAGAAGCAGUUCUCCUGCCUUCCACCGAAGAUAAAGAAGCUGUAGUGAAUGCUGUUUUUAUAAAAAAUGAGUUAUUUGGAGACUGCUGCCUGUGUUCAUUUACUUUUUAUUCUGGGGAAUGCCUGAAGUUAACAUUUCUAGCAAUUCGGUGGCAUGAGAAUGUAUUUACAUCUAUAAGAUCAUUGCCAUACCAUAUUCAUUGGGCUCAACAAGACUGUCAUCUCUGCAAUUUAAUUCCUAAAUGUGAAUCAGUAAAGUCAAGAGGAGCUCUAAUUUCUGCCUUUUCAAGAGAUGGCCUUACCCUGGCAGUAACUCUUAAUCAGAAAGACCCCAAGGCAACUCAGGUAUUAUUUAUAAACACACUGAAUUUUGUUACUCUCUGUGGUAGCCUUAAAGGAUGUAGUAACAAGAGUCCUGUGGUUCCAGCUACACUUAUUAGGUCCUACUGGGUAGGCGAUAUCAGCUGGACGCAUGAUAGUCUUUUUCUGGCUUGUAUGUUAAAACGUGGCUCUCUGGUUUUAUUGACCUGCCAAGGUGAAUUGCUAACAUUAAUUACAUUUGGUUGCUCUAUAGAAUUUGGGCCAGCAGAAUUUAUUCCUCUUCAUCCACUAAUAACGUAUAGACCACAGCAGUUUACGUUUCAAGAUUCAAAUAAUUCUGUUGAUUCAUCAGCUUCUGAUAGUGACCCUAUGAGACAGAGAUUUUCUAUAAAAGCACACUCACGGUUACCCUACCUCGUUAUAUCUGAUGGAUAUAUGGUCACAACCCUUCGACUUCUUGAUAGCCUAUCUCCAUCAGUACACGUGAGAUCACUUCUACUUGAUUCAACCCAGAGGCUUGAGAAAAUAUAUCAAAGUGUGAUAUUGUCUAAGCCAAAAGGCAAAGGACUGAACUUGCGAUCACUGAAUUCCCUAAGGUCUAGCCUGUUAAAACACCAAGGAAAUGAAAGUUCAGCCGAUUUCACUGUCCCCAAAUUCUUGCAGGCAGAAGAAACAAUAAAUUUAAAUGAAAAUACAGCAGAUUUUCAGGAUUUUGAAGCAGAAGAAACUAACGAAGGCAGACACUUUCCAGACAACUUAUUUCCUUUUUGGAACAAAAGAGAUGAUGUGCUGUGUAGUAGUAUGAAGGAAGGAAGAUUGGAAUUUGCAUCUAUGUUUGAUACGAUACAUGCAAAGGAUGAUAGUGAGGAGACAGAUAGAACCAUUACAGAACUGCAUUCUAUCCAGAAAAAUCUACUUGCAGCAUGGACUAUAGGAAUUUCAAAAACUGUGACAGAAAAAAAUUUAAUGUUAAAUUACAUAGUAGCUUGUAUCACUCAUUUUUUUUACAUUCUUCAAUUUAUAAAAUGUCCUUUUCCCAAAAUUGAUCUUUUUUUAAGCAAAAGCUCAAGACAUAAUGCAUGGAUACUUUGUAUCUUUCAACUUUUUCAUCAGUGUUUAUCAAUCCAUUAUUGGGAUAUAAGAUACAAACAAGAUGUGGGGCAUUUGAUAAAGCUGACCUCAAAUACUAUAAAACUUUUGCUGACUCAGCAACAAAAGGGUCAGUUAUUUUCAGAGAAACUUUUAGCCUGUUUUUAUUUACUCAAAAUGGUAGCUGACAAUUUAAAUGGUGUAUACAUUCUUCAACCUGAAGUUAUUUCAGCAUCAGCUGAUGGAAGUAAAAUAACAGCUCAAGACUCAUUGGUGGUACCUAUUUUUCAAAUGUUUCGAGAUAGUGGUUUUCAGAAAAACUGGUCUUGGAACUCAUUUCUCAAGAUUCAUCCUCAAGUAGUAAAUCCUGUGCAACAGCCAGGACACAGAUUGCUUAUUCUCUGGAGAAUACUGUACAAAAAAACUUUAUGGUAUCAAGAACAAUUAAAUCGAAGAGUUCCUGAAGCUGAUAGCCAGUUAACUGAAAAGAUGACACAUGAAGCAUCUACUGUCAAGUCCCUGUUAUGUCAUUUGCAGGCUAACCUACAAAGUACUGGAAAUUGCUUGAAUCAAACCUUAGAGCUUAAAUCUAUCAAUGGGGAAGAAUGUUUCUUAUUAGGAUCAUAUGAAAAGUCUGUUCAGCUGUGGAAAAAAGCUCUACAAGAAAUCGAAGAGAAAGGAGGAAGAAGGACGUAUUUUCUUCAGAUACGCUAUUAUCUUUCUCUCUUAUACUGCCACCUCUAUAGCUAUAAUUUAAAUGAUGCUCAAGGAUUGUGUGAUCAGCUAGCAAGAGAAAUCCUGAGAUGGUCCCAACUGCCUGUAAAAGAAAAUAAAGAUUUUUCAGGUGCUGCGAAGUCUCAUUUUGAGUGUGGAAUGGCGGGCGGUGUUCAUCCUGAGGCAGCAGUGAGAGUCGUCCAGUCCAUGGCUCGUUUCAUGGCUGCCUAUUUCACCAAUCAGCAGCUUUGCAUUUUGCCCCCUCAUCAUGUGAAUGUUCUUCCCCCACUUCAUAUUAAAACAGAGCAGUCCUUUCGACUUAUUCCUCUGCAACACUCUAAGGUGGCCAGUGUUGUUAGAGAUCAGAAUCUCUCUAAUGUGUGGACAGUUGAAUAUGCACUUGAAUUACUAUUUAUUGGUGGCCUGGUUCCAGAGGCUGUGUGGUUGGCAUAUAAACUUGGAGACUGGAAGACGUCUGUUUCAAUUGGUGUGGCUUUCCAGCUGUUCUGUAAACAUGAUAGCAAUUUCAUGAGGUCCAAGAAAAAGAGUCUGAAUCUACCACUACGUAUGACUCCAGCACAGAUUUUUCAGGAAAAACUGCAGUGUUUUUUAGGUCAACCAGCCUCUUUGGAAGCAAAAAAUGAAAUAGGCUCGAAAUAUAAACAGUUUACAGAUCCCAUUGAAGAGGAAGAUGCAAAUCUGCUAUUUGGUUCAGUACAAGAAGUACUGAAAGCAUCAGUUAUGGCCGAUGCAGAUAUUCUUUCGGAGACAUUUCAACUUCUGAUAGACUCUGCCAAGGACUUCAGUAAAAGACUGUGGGGCUUAGUGCCAUUCGGCUUGUAUCUUCCAGCUCCUCCAUUGUACUGUCCCCAGCCAGCUAUUCUUAGUGAAGAAGAUGGUGAUGAUCUUCUUGUAAAAGCUGAAAAAAAUAAUCGCCAGAAGGUAUCUGGAAUCCUUCAGCGUGUUCUCCUGCUUUUCCGGGCGGCUCAGUGUUCUUUUCCUGUAGCACAGUGGUAUAUCUUGCAGUUGAGGUGGGCAAGAAAAGUCAUGCAGAAGAUUCGAAUGAAAGGAUCCCUUCCUUCACUGAGUCCUUUUCCUCAGUCAUUACUUAAUUACUGUAAGGGAGGUAUCGCAUUUUUUAGACCUGGAGCAGCUGGAGACCACAAACUUGAUGAAGUUUCCAUUAGAGCAAUAGUUUGCUUCAGAGAACUUUGUGCUCUGUGUUGGAUGCUGCAUAUCCGUGAUAAGUUAUCCUAUAGUUGCAGGCAAUAUCAGAAAGCAAGAGAAAAUGUAAAAGGAGAAAAGGACCUUGAAGUGGAGUUUGAUUCUUGUAUGAUUGAGCACUGUCUUAGUGCCGUGGAAUGGGCUUAUAGAAUGCUGCCUUUCUCUCGGUUUUUUAAUAUGGAAGAACUUACUCAGGAUAUAAUUUUGAGCCUUAUUGGAGAACUGCCACCAAUCAGAAAGGUAGCAGAAAUUUUCGUGAAAGCAUUUCCCUAUCCUGAGGACGUGAGGGUUCCUUUAAGAGACAAAUAUCACUCUCUUCACCAGAGACUCAGACACUGUAUUGUGAAAGGACCCCAGACUGAGGAAAUGAUGUCUGUUGUCAUGCAUUCUAUCCAGAAAGUGAGGGUGAAAGCUCUAAAACGUGUGCAGAGAAAUAUAGGCUCUUUUGAAGUGAACAUAUGGGAACCAACUGAAGAAGAGAAAUCAGAUGAGGCUCCAGGUUUUGACAGAUAUUCCCUGGGGACUAGUUUGAGCAGAAGUACACUCACAGAACUGGGGGAUUCUGUGGUUCACAGUGAUGCAGAUACGUUCUCUGAAGCUUUGUCGGUUGAAGAAAAAAGUAGGAUAAAUAUCUAUCAAAGAAAUGCCCCAAAUCACAUGGAAUUAACAUCGAUUGAUAAGCCCACUGAUAAAAAGAAAAUGUGUAAUCAGAAAGAAAAUCCUACAAAGAAAGAAGAUCAUGAAAAGUUAUCACAAAAUACACUUCCUGUAAUAGGUGUUUGGGAAUUUGAACGUGAUGAUGAUGAAUAUAUUAAAUUCCUUGAUCUGUUUUUGAGUUACAUUCUUGAAAGAGACCUACCUUAUUCCAGGGAUGCUGGCAUUCCAUUUCUAACUAGUUUUUCUGGAAAGCUUAGAGAACAUGAACUUAAUUCUUUACUUUUUGAUGUACAUACAACAUUAAAACGACGUCAGAGCAAAACUAAAAGCCAGAAUGUGUUUAGAGCUGGUUCUUGCUUUAUUGUUGCUCCUGAGUCCGAUGAAUCAGAAAAAUCAUCCUCUUUAAAUGAUGAAUCUGGCAUGCAUUUAGAAAACCAGAAACUUUCAUCAUCAGUACUGGUUAAUCAAGGGAUCAAACCUUUUUUACAAUAUCCUUCGAAUGAAGUCAAUAAGAAUGAAGGAAUGAGUGGAUUAUUUGGUUUAAAACAAAAGUCAAUUUACAAAAUACAAGAUGACACUAGAGAGAAAUGUCUAAUCCAGAGAUCAUCAAACCACAUUUUUUGGACUCCCAAGUCCAUUAAAACUAGAAGAUGUAUUUUCAAAGCUAUUCAGUGCAAUGAUAUUAACCCUCAAGAAGAUCUUCCUUUAGCACUAAACACAUUUGGCAAUAUAGGAAGACUGCUGGAAUGGAUGAUAAAGUGGUCUAAUAGAAGGCUACUCUGUGAUUCUGGUAUAACUGAGUCAUCCUCUGAGUACAGUCCAGUAAUUCGUGUAAAGACCUCUACAGCUGCCAUUCUUACAUCGUUACGGCUUUUGGAACAACCCUAUUUUGCUACAUAUAAGGCAAAAAAUGCCAUUAUUAAGAUGGUAGAGAAUCGUGACACUGGGUGUCAGAUUGGACCCAAUAUUGAGAGGGAGAGCAAAUCAGAUGCUGGCGGUUCAGUUGCAGUAGCAACUCCAGGUGGAACUGAGGAAAGAAAUGGUCAGAAUAAAUCUUGUCAAAAUAUCUUGAAUAGAAUGCCAACUGAAGCAAAAAAUCCUGAUAUAAAAGAAAUCAAUGAUGAUAUUAUUUCCGUCACUCAUAAUACUAAAAAAGAAUUUAUAGAUAUUGAUGAGAAUCUUUUAGAAGUAGAAGCAUUUACAGAAGAGGAAAUGGAUAUGCACAUAUCAGACUAUGAAGAAGACAUUGAAGAAUCUGUUGGAGGUUUCAGAAGUCCCAGUCUUGCCAUUUGCAUGACGACUUUACCACAGCAGUUAGAAGAAGAGUUCACAGAAGAGGUUCAGUGUCAAAGGGAAGAACCACUGGAGACAAAUAUGGAGGAAAAAUCGACUGAACAAAAAGGUGCACAGAUUUCUACAUAUAAAGACAAAUCUUCCCCAGUUCCACUUCUGAUAUCAAGUGGAGUCAGUGUUGCUUCACAACCACCUGUUCCAGCACCUCAGAAGACCCAGAGAAAUGAAUGCACGGCUCAGUUACCAGGUUGUUCAGAGUCCGUUAGGCAGAUGCUGCAAGAUGAAAUGUUUAAAUUAGUUCAGCUGCAACAGAUCAACUUCAUGAGCCUAAUGCAAAUAGUAGGAUCAUCCUUUGCUAAUCUCCCAGAUAUACAACAACUUAUACAGCAGUCUCAGUGUGUGCAUUUAGGGGAAAGCCAAGAAUCAAACCUAAGAGGAUGUGGUGAUGUUGAAGACAGCAACAAAAAUCUUAAGGAGAGAUUUUUUCUUAAACCACAGUCAAUGGGAGAGAACACCAGAGAGCCUCGCAAGAACAGCCCACACUGCCAUGAAGGAACUAUCCCAUCUGGUCAAAGUAGUACUGGAAACAUACAGAAUGUUACACAUGGGAAUAUUCCUUUAUGUCAAUUAAAUGGCCAGCCCCAGAAAAGAGGACCAAUUCCAUCAUCUCAAAACUUACCAUCCACUUCGUUUUAUCCAGCUCCUGCUGGAAAUACUCACCUCUACCUUUUGUCCACACCUUCUGUUGUUCAGAAGGCACCUAGACUUAUCUCACGUGCAAAAACAUUUAGUCCUGGUGAUGGCUUUCCUUUGCUUCAAUUUAAGUCUAAACAAGAAUUCCAGCCCCUUUUCUUACAUACAGGAAGUAUUCCACAAGUUCCCUUCAGGCCUCUGCCACAACCAAGAGAGGCUUGGGGAUUAUCUGACUCCUUCCAACCUGCUCUGCCACGGAGAGCAGCACAAACUACUCCAGCAUCCCAUUUGAAUGUAAGCCAGUAUAAUACUGAAGCCAGAAAAAAAGAAGUUGAGCAGAAGAUAUGGGCAGAAACUGUAAUUACAGAAAUUCCUAAGCAUGUGAACUUGGAUCAAUAUGUUGGACAAGAAAAUUUGACACCUCAACAGGACUCUUCAGUGUUUAUAAAACCAGAAAAACGAUUUGAUGUUAAGCCAGGGACCCUUGAGAUAUCUCCUCACCAUUCCUUUGGACUUCCGUUACUAUACCUGCCACUUAAACCUCCUAAUAUGUUUCCAUCAACCUCAAGAGCAUCUAUUACAGUUCCCUCAACACCUAUCCAGCCUAUAGCAGAAGAAAGAAAAUACCCAAGAUUGUCAUUACUUCAUUCACGUUUGUCCCCAGAAAAUAGGUGCAAAAAAACACAACUUAUCCCACUUGAAAACCUCAUUGCGUUUAAACAAAGCCAACAGAAACUAACACAUAAUUUAUUUGAACAAGGUGAUGCUGGACACCUUCAACUUCUAAAGGUCAAAAUAGAACCACCUGAAGUAAGACAAGGAAAGGACAGUAAAAAAAGGGAAAGAAGAAGAGCUGAGAAAGAGCUGCAAGAAAAAAGAUGUGAGAAACUGAGGAGAAAACCAAAUGUGACUUUUCGACUAGAGAAUUCCAUAAUUAAUAAUGAUGAUUCAGAAAUCAUUAAGAAACCCAAGGAACAAGAAAAUUGUGGUUCGCAUCCUUUGGAUGACUUCGACAUUCCUUUUGAAAUGCUACAAGAUGAUAAUACUUCAGCUGGAUUGCAUUUCAUGGCCUCUGUAAAAAAGAAAGCUAUGGGAAGUCAAGAUGCAAGUACAAAUACAGACCUAGAACAUGAGCCUUUGACUGCUCCUCAGCUCUUGGUCCCAGAUGUCUAUCUAAAUCUGAAGCUUUCCACUGAAAUGUCAGAGAAACCUUUGUCACCCUCAACACCGCAUACAGUAACAAACUUGGUUGGACAUACUUACAUAAAUGUGAUUGACAUUGAAGCUGAUGAUCUUCUACAGGAAUUACCUGUGAAAGAAGAGCCUUCAAAUGAUAAUGUUAUCAAACAGCAAAGCGAUCAUCUAGCAGUUCCAUCGUCUGCAGAGUUACAUUAUAUGGCAGCUUCAAUUACUAAUGCUGUUCCCCCGCAUAAUUUUAAUAGUCAAGAAUCAGCCAAUUCCUCUAUGGAUUUAUUUUCUAAACCUGCAGAAGUAACUCCAGCUUGUCUGGAUGGAAAAAGCUUGAGAGCAGGCAUUACAGAAGUGAAGGAGCCUAGUGUCACCUCACCUACACCAUCAGACAUACAGCAGAACAAAGGUAAACAGCCAAGAGAUCUGCCAAAACCAGAGUUCCAAUUCAAAGGACAGAACACAAAGUCAGACUCUGUGGGAGAUUAUCUAUUGUGGAAACGGCUGCAAGGUGUCUCUGAAGCUUGCCCUGCACCAAGCUCUGCAGCUCACCGACUAGAGCAUCUCACUGCUAAGCUUCAGAAAAUUGACGAGCAGUUGCUAGCAAUACAGAACAUUGCUGAAAACAUAGAGCAGGAUUUCCCCAAGCCUGAAAUGCUAGAUCUACGUUGUGAUAAGAUUGGACCGGUGGAUCACAUUGAAUUCUCUUCUGGCCCUGAACUCAAUAAAACAUUAGCUUCAAAAACUAUUCGCAUUUCUGAAGAAGUGCGUUUUUUGACCCAUGUGGAUGAAGAAGAUCAGAGUGACAAAAAGGAGACUUCACAACCUGAAUUUUCAAUAACAAAAAAUUAUUCGGGUCAGAAAACCUGUGUGUUUCCUACUGCCGAUUCAGCUAUCAGCCUUUCCAGUUCCAGUGAUCAGAAUACUACUUCUCCUGGUAUGAAUAGCAAUGAUGAAUUAUGUGAGAGUGUUUCAGUACAUCCGCUCCACAUGACUGGAUUGACUGAUAUUGCAGACAUUAUUGAAGACCUUUUAACUAAAGACGGAGUUUCCAGUGAAGAACUUGGCUUAACAGAACAAGCUAUGGGCACCUCCAGAAUUCAGCAUUCUUCUGGCAGACAUUCACAAAGAACUGACAAGGAAAGAAGAGAGAUUCAAGCCUGGAUGAAAAGAAAACGAAAAGAAAGAAUGGCAAAGUACUUAAAUGAGCUGGCAGAAAAGAGAGGGCAAGAACAUGACCCUUUCUGUCCCAGAAGCCAUCCAGUUUACAUGACUUCAAGGGAAAUAAGGCUGAGACAAAAGAUGAAGCAUGAAAAAGACAGAUUGCUGCUCUCUGAACACUAUAGUCGUCGAAUCUCACAAGCAUAUGGUCUGAUGAAUGAACUAUUAUCUGAGUCAGUACAGCUACCAACUCUACCACAGAAACCAUUGCCUAACAAACCCAGCCCUACUCAGUCUUCCAGAUGUCAACACUGCCCUUCUCCAAGAGGAGAGAAUCAACACGGUCACAGUUUUCUAAUAAAUCGACCUGGAAAAGUCAAAUAUAUGUCCAAACCAAGUUACAUCCAUAAGAGGAAGUCUUUUGGGCAACCUCAAGGCUCACCUUGGCCACGUGGAACUGCCACUUUCACCAUACAGAAAAAAGCUGGUGGAGCCAAAGCAGCAGUAAGAAAGGCUAUGCAGUCUCCAGUUACCUUCCGAAAAGGCUCUAAUGCUACAUGUCGUAGUCUGCAGCAUACAAAAAAACAUGGAAGUGCUGGGCUUGCACCUCAAACCAAGCAGGUGUGUGUAGAGUAUGAAAGAGAGGAGACUGUGGUGAGUCCCUGGACGAUACCUUCAGAAAUCCAUAAGAUUCUUCAUGAGAAUCACAAUUCCCUUCUACAAGACUUGUCUCCAACUGAAGAGGAAGAGCCAGAGCAUCCUUUUGGGGUGGGCGGUGUGGACAGCGUGUCUGAGAGCACUGGCAGCAUCCUCAGCAAGCUGGACUGGAAUGCCAUCGAAGACAUGGUGGCCAGCGUGGAGGACCAGGGCCUGUCUGUCCACUGGGCCCUGGACCUGUAAGACCUGGAUAUCAUUCUGUUUCCAUGCACAGGCCAACACCUCAGUAAUGUGGUUCUGAAAGAUUAACAGGUUUAAGGGACAGAAGCAAUGAAAGAAGCAACGUGAAUUUUUCAUCUGCUGUCAUAUUAUUACCUGGAUUAGCCAUUUCAAGAGGAAAAAUAAACAUUUCUCAGUAACUUUGCCUUUAUGGGGAAAGGGUUGACUAUUGAUGUAUUAUAUGUUUUUGUAUUUGAUGCAUCAUUAGGCAUAAUUUUUAAAAUGAUAAGUACCUUUCAAGCCAAGUUUGCAUAACCUACUUUCAAUAAAAACCCUCUAUCUUGCCUCCUC